CACGCUGGUUUGAUAAACAUUCAUUUUCGCAAAUAAAUGAACUCCCGCGUUUUGAUUUGGAUUUAUUAAGCUUUUUCCUCCGGUUGUAGUAAUAAGAGCUCCGGCGGUAAGAUGAUGUCUGAGAGCCUAUCGUGCGCUUCUGGAGAAAAGCCGAAAAGGCCUCCGGUUAAGGUUCUCUCCAGCCAGCUGAGAGAGGCGAGCGCGAGCAGUGCGGGGAGCGGGAAGCCCGAGCUGAGUAUCCGGAGACUGGGCGGAGGAGGCGGGGCUCUGCCGGUGUCGGUGGUGUGGAUGCAGGGCACCGUGCUGGAAGCACACACUGAGCAGAACUCUGUCCUGCUUCUGGACGAGACCGGAAACUUUCACAUCACCGGAGUUAAUAACAUCCCGAGAGGGAAACCCUGCCUCAGCCCUGGGAAAUACGUGAUGGUCAUGGGCAUCAUCCAGUCACAUAGUCCAGAGCCUGUGCUUCGUGCGGUGAAGGUGGCGGAUCUUUCAGAUAACGCAGCCAUUCACAGAAAAAUGUGGAAAUAUGAAGUUGAAGAUCUGCAGCAAACUUUGCCAUAAUGAACUGUAAUGAUUUCGAGAACAUAAAACACUAUGCAACAAUGCAUUUCUGUACAUAUACUUUUG